ACAAUUUUAUUCAAGGAGUUCAACUUAAUGCGACUGAAUGGACGCAGCAUUUUGAGUGGAUUCCAUAUGAAAAACUAGUUAAUGUCCACUAUUUAGCAAAAGGAGGAUUUGGGAAAGUCUAUUCUGCAGUAUGGCUGGAGGGACCAAAAGUCCGUGAUGAAUACAAUGUCGAAUUUUUUUGUAGAGAAGAAAACCAUCCUGUUGCUCUUAAAACUAUUAGUCAUUUGGGACCAACCACGGAAGGAUUCUUUUCUGAGCUUAACAACUAUAUUGAUGCAAUGAAAGGCUGUAAAGGAUUUCGUCAGGCUAUAAUAAGACAUUAUGGAAUGACUCAGAAGCCAGAAACAAAAGAAUACAUGAUGGUAACAGAAUUUGCAAGUCUGGGUUCACUACGUGAUUUGUUGAAUCCUACUCAAAGGGAUAAGGAGCUUAAUUUAAUUAAGCCUGGAAAUUCAAACCAACAAACCAAAAUCGAUUUAAAACCACAUGAAAAGGCGGUUUACACUAGUAGAUUUAUGGAUUUUAAAAAUCUCCCUGAACCUACGAAUUCUAUAAUUCAUGAUACUCAACAACUUAACCUCACAAUUCCUGAUUUUGAUUUAUUAUCUCAAAAUGACUGA